UUCUCGGGCAGAGGACAGCAUUGGGGCUGUGUUUUUUGUAUUGCUGGACAGAAAGUCAGAGACACUGAUGUAGAGACAUGCCUCUGCGGCUGGACAUCAAGCGGAGGCUGACAGCUCGGUCAGACCGAGUGAAAAGUGUGGACCUGCACCCCACCGAGCCAUGGAUGGUGGUCAGCCUUUACAGUGGCACUGUUGUGGUCUGGAACCAUGAGACACAGACGAUGGUGAAAACCUUUGAGCUGUGUGAUCUGCCUGUCAGAGUGGCCAAAUUUGUAGCCAGGAAACACUGGAUCAUUGCUGGAGCAGAUGACUUGCAGAUCCGUGUGUUUAACUACAACACUCUGGAGAGGGUUCACAUGUUUGAGGCUCAUUCUGACUACAUCCGCUGCAUCGCUGUUCAUCCGACACAACCCUUCAUCCUCACCAGCAGUGAUGACAUGUUGAUCAAACUGUGGGACUGGGACAGAAAGUGGAUGUGCAGUCAGGUGUUUGAGGGACACACCCACUAUGUGAUGCAGAUUGUUAUUAACCCCAAAGACAACAACCAGUUUGCAAGUGCCUCUCUGGAUAGAUCUAUUAAGGUCUGGCAGCUGGGCUCCAAGACCCCCAACUUCACUCUGGAGGGCCAUGAGAAGGGAGUGAACUGUGUUGAUUACUACAGCGGAGGAGACAAGCCGUACCUCAUAUCAGGGGCUGAUGAUCAUCUUGUCAAGAUUUGGGAUUAUCAGAACAAAACUUGUGUUCAGACCUUGGAGGGUCAUGCACAAAAUGUGACGUGUGUCACCUUCCACCCUGAGCUGCCAAUCAUCCUCACAGGCUCUGAGGACGGCACCGUUCGUGUAUGGCACUCCAACACCUACCGACUGGAAAACACACUUAACUAUGGCAUGGAACGGGUCUGGUGUAUAUGUGGCUUGACUGGCUCCAACAAUGUGGCGCUGGGCUAUGAUGAAGGCAGCAUCAUCAUCAAGCUGGGGCGGGAGGAACCAGCCAUGUCUAUGGACUCCAGUGGGAAGAUCAUGUGGGCUCGUCACUCCGAGGUGCAGCAGGCCAACCUGAAGGCUCUGGGAGAGACUGAGAUACAGGAUGGAGAAAGGCUCACGAUGGGUGUCAAAGACAUGGGCAGCUGUGAGAUUUACCCACAGACCAUCCAACACAGCCCCAAUGGAAGAUUUGUAGUGGUGUGUGGAGAUGGAGAGUACAUCAUCUAUACUGCGAUGGCCUUGAGGAACAAGAGCUUCGGCUCCGCUCAGGAGUUUGUCUGGGCGCAUGACUCCUCACAGUAUGCCACAAGGGAAGGCAACACUGUGGUGAAAAUAUUUAAGAACUUUAAACAGAAAAAGACUUUUAAACCUGACUUUGGAGCUGACGGUGUCUUUGGUGGCCUCUUACUGGGAGUGAGGUCAAACAGUGGCUUGGCUUUGUACGACUGGGAGAAUGCCGAUUUGAUCCGACGUAUUGAGAUUCAGCCAAAGCAUAUUUUCUGGUCUGACUCUGGGGAGCUGGUGUGUAUUGCUACAGAAGAGUCUUUCUUUGUGCUGCGCUACCUGCCAGAGCGAGUGUCAGCAGCCCAUGAGUCCAAGGCGGAGAUGAUGGAGGAUGGGAUAGAAGAUGCUUUCGAGGUCCUGGGGGAGGUCAAGGAGGUGGUAAAGACAGGCUUAUGGGUGGGAGACUGCUUCAUCUACACCAGUUCUGUUAACAGACUGAACUACUAUGUUGGAGGGGAAAUCAUCACUAUAGCUCACAUGGACAGGACCAUGUAUCUGCUGGGCUACAUCCCAAAAGAUGACCGUCUCUACCUUGGAGACAAGGAGCUCAACAUCAUCAGCUACUCCUUGCUACUCUCUGUGCUGGAGUAUCAGACGGCCAUCAUGAGAAAAGACUUCAGCACGGCUGACAAGGUUCUGCCCACAAUCCCAAAAGAACAGAGAACCAGAGUUGCCCACUUCUUGGAGAAACAGGGCUUCAGACAGCAGGCGCUGGCUGUGUCCACUGACCCCGAACACAAGUUUGAACUUGCUCUGCAGCUGGGAGAUCUCAAGACAGCCUACCAGCUGGCAUCGGAAGCAGAGUCAGAGCAUAAAUGGAAGCAGCUGGCAGAACUCGCAACUACAAAGUGCCAGUUUAGUCUGGCUCAAGAGUGUCUGCACCAAGCUCAGGAUUACGGGGGAUUAUUGUUGCUGGCAACCACCUCGGGCAACGUGGAGAUGGUGGGCAAACUGGCUGAAGGGGCAGAGAAGGAUGGAAAGACCAAUGUGGCCUUUCUCACCUACUUUAUGCAGGGGAGACUGGAAAAAUGUCUGGACCUGCUUAUCAAAACAGAUCGACUUCCAGAAGCUGCAUUUCUGGCAAGAACAUAUAUGCCCAGCCAUGUCUCAAGAGUAGUGAAGCUUUGGAAGGACAAUCUCUCCAAGGUGAACCAGAAGGCAGCAGAUGCUCUGGCUGACCCCAGAGAUUACAGCAACCUGUUCCCUGGCCUUGAGCAAGCCCUGCUGGCUGAGCAGUACCUGAAGGAGACUCAUGUCGGGGUCAGACCUGCUGCAGAAUACCCACUCCUCAUGCCAAAUGAGGAUCGGCAUGUUCUGGAGGAAUCUGUAGGUUUUAUUCCCAAAGGGGGGAUCACGAAGCCAGAGGAAGUGGAGGGCAUGAGUGAAGCCCUCGUUACGCCUGUGGUGACAGAGAUCCCACUUUCAGAAGCUGAAACAGCAAUAGUGGAUGAGCCAAUUCCACCAAAACAGGAGCCUGGUUCUGAUCCUGCUUUAGUGGCUGAGGAAAAUAAUGUGACAGAAGAAACUCCCCCUGUCAUCAGAACUCAAGAACAAGCACAGCCUGUGUCAUGUGAGGUAGAAGACAUAACUGUGAAAUCCGAGAGUUUGGUCUCUGAAGAAGAAGGCUUUGUACCUGAGUCCAUCUCUGAGGAUCCAGCCACAGACUCAGAGAUGGUACAGCUCAGUCCGCUGGAAGAAGUCAGAUCACGUGCUGAAGUGACUGUCCAGGAAGCGACUCCAGCAGCAGAAACUCAGCCUGUUUCCUGUUUUUCUGAAACAGAAACCAUUCUGGCCACUCAAGCGGCAACAGAUGAGGCAGAAGUAGGGGAGGAUGUCCGGACGGUUGAUGCUGUAGUGGCAUCAGAAUCUGUAGCAGGUGGGAAAAUAUUCAGCAAUGAUGAAGAUACCAUACCUGCAGAAGAGCCUCCCAUGAUGGGCGGAGGAGCAGAAGAAAGCUCUGCCACACAGGACCUUGUUAAAGAUACAGUACAGCCAUACGUUGCAGUAGAAGAGCUCAUCUCUUUCCACACCACAGACGCUCCAGUGGUGGAUGCAUCUGUCACGGCCCAAGCUUUCUCCAAUUUGACCCUUGAUUCAUCACAAGACUUGAUUGAAGAUGCAGCGGUGGUGUUGAGCCCGGUCCCAGCAAAAGAGCCAGAACAAAAGCAACAAAACACAGCACCUCCAGUCGAGGUAGAGGACAAAUCAGAGCAGGGGGCUCUGGAAGCUGAGCCAGAUAUUUUAGUCCCAGAAAUAGCUCCUGCAGAGAGGAGCGUAGCAGAGGAGGAGGAGGCAGGUACCGAAGGAUCUGAGGAACCUGCAGAAGACCUUGAGGCAGAGAUGAAUGACGAGGACCUGGAUGAUUUGGAUCUGGAUAACUUUGACCUGGAGGAUUUCGACACCCCAAAUGUUAACCUAGAUGAAGAUCUGCUGGGUGAAGACUAGAAGAUGAUUUCAUGAGUUUGUGACCAAACACAAAAAGGGAAGACAUGCCACCAACACUUUAACAUUUCCUUUAAAGGCAGAGAAACAAAAAUGUGUUAUAGGAUUAAUAUGGAUUGAUUUAGGGAAACUGGGCUUUUUUAUAAGUUAUAUGUAGUAAGUCGCUUUGGAUAAAAGUGUCUGCUAAAUGACUGUAGAAUAGAAAUAGCUGGAAAAUUACAGGUUGCUUCUAUUUCAUUUGCUGCUGACAGCAAUAAAAAGAUAAACUUGACACCUACCUCUUAAUCUUCCUCAGCCUUUAGGUAACACUGCUGUUGGUCAGUGUUAUGAAGCCAUUAAAUUCAAGCAGAAUUUUUAUUCUUCUCCAUAAAGGAAAAAAGCUCUGGAUGAGUUUUUUUUCUAAAGAUACAGCGUGUAUUCAGAAAUGCUGAAUAAUAGGGAUGCGCUAAUACCACAUUAUUUUAAACCGAGUACUUAUAUUUGUGUACUUGUGAUAUAUCAAAUGGAUCAUCCUCGAAAUCUAAGACUGGAAAACUGUCAGAACCUUCAUAAAAAGAAGAAAAAGUGGUUUUUGGUGGAUUUGGUUCACCUCUGUGACACGGCACAUAUAACCCUAACCCUCACUGAGUUUGCAAAUUUGGGACUUUUAAAAUAACACCUGUAAUAACUUUCUCGACACUAUAAAAAAAAAUUAUUCUUUGUGUUAAUUUUGACAGGCUGUUUUUUGACAUUGGUAUCAGGUUGUGUACUAUUCGAACACUUGUAUUAAUACAGAGUACGAGUACACCCACAUAGUAUUGGACCAAUACCUGAUACUGGUAUCGGUGCAUCCCUACGAAAUAAGCCAUUAAGCCCAAGGUGCUGUAAUCUCAUUUUUAUUAUUUAUGACCUCAUCAUGUGAUGUCUCUCAGAGCCAGAGUAAACACAAAGUGCUUUUCAUGGAUAAUUAAAUAAGCUAAGAUCAAAGCUGCUUGUUUAUGUCUUUUCUUUCCUCUUUGAAAUAAAGGCCACUGGAUACUAUUUUGAACCUGGACUAGAAAAAUGAAUUAAAAGGAGUUUCUCA